AUAUCGAUCAGUGAGUGAUAUUCUGUACUCUGUUAUCCUCAAAAACUACUCUGUAACCAUCGCCGCCGGCUUCACCACCUCCGGCCAUGGCAGCCGCGGUGGUUCUGAUCCCCCUACUGCUCACAUGCGCGUGCAUGUUCUUGAAACUGGCCUACCAAACCAUCUCAUGUUACUGGCUAACCCCGAGACGCAUCAGAAAAACCAUGGAGAAACAGGGAGUUUUCGGGCCCAAUCCUCGGUUCCUCCUCGGAAACAUCCUUGACAUGGCCGCCAUGGUCUCCAAGUCAACCUCCGACCACAUGGACUCCAUCCACCACGACGUCGUCCCACGCCUCUUGCCCCAUUACGUCGCCUGGUCCAAAAUUUACGGGAAGAGAUUCAUAUAUUGGAAUGGGAUUGAGCCUAGGAUGUGCUUGACGGAAACCGAGUUGAUCAAAGAGCUUCUUUCAAAGUACAGCGCGGUUUCGGGGAAAUCUUGGUUGCAGCAACAGGGCUCAAAACAUUUCAUCGGCCGCGGCCUUUUGAUGGCAAACGGCGACGACUGGUAUCACCAGCGUCACAUUGUCGCCCCAGCUUUCAUGGGAGACAAACUCAAGAGUUAUGCGGGGUACAUGGUGGAAUGCACUCAGAAAAUGCUCCAAUCUCUUGAAAAAGCAGUGCAAUCGGGGCAGACGGAGUUGGAGAUCGGCGGCUACAUGGCACGCCUCACCGCCGAUAUCAUCUCCCAAACCGAGUUCGGAACUAACUAUGAGAAGGGCAAACAAAUAUUUCAUCUUUUAACUGUCCUACAACAACGAUGUGCUCAAGCUAGUCGUCAUUUAUGUCUUCCCGGUAGUCGAUUUUUUCCUAGUAAAUAUAAUAGAGACAUAAAAUCGUUAAAAAUGGAGGUGGAGAGGCUACUAAUGGAGAUUAUACAAAGCCGUAAAGAUUGUGUUGAAAUCGGUCGGAGUAGCUCGUAUGGCAACGAUCUGUUAGGGACGUUGUUGACGGAGAUGAAAAAAAAGAGAUCAAAGAAUAUCGGGUUUAGCUUAAAUUUACAAUUGAUAAUGGAUGAAUGCAAGACAUUCUUCUUCGCUGGCCAUGAAACUACUGCUUUGUUACUCACAUGGACCAUAAUGCUCCUUGCUAGCAACCCAUCUUGGCAGGACAAAGUUCGGUCCGAAGUUAGACAAGUUUGUAACACUGACACCCCCUCAGUCGAGCACCUCUCCAAGCUCAAUCUGUUGAACAUGGUGAUUAAUGAAUCAUUAAGACUAUACCCACCAGCUUCUGUUCUUCCAAGAAUGGCGUUUGAGGAUUUCAAGCUUGGCGAUCUUCACAUCCCAAAGGGGCUUUCCAUAUGGGUGCCAGUGCUAGCCAUCCAUCACAGUGAAGAGAUAUGGGGAAAAGACGUGAACGAGUUCAACCCUGAGCGAUUUGCAUCAAAGUCCUUCGCCGGCCCCGCCCGGAAUUUCCUGCCGUUCGCCGCCGGCCCCCGGAACUGUGUCGGCCAGUCUUUUGCUCUCAUGGAAGCCAAGAUCAUCUUGGCCAUGCUAAUAUCCAAGUUCAGCUUUGACAUCUCCGAGAGUUAUCGCCACGCGCCGGUCAUCGUCCUCACCAUCAAGCCCAAGUAUGGAGUUCAGAUCAGAUUGAGGCCUUUGUAAUGUGCUCCGUAAUUUUAUUUUUAUAUUUUUUAUUGAGUUUUGGCUUGGAAUUAGGUAUUGAGAGUUCCCAAAAAUAGAUCGGAGUAGUAAUUGUUGUAAUAUUUCUUCGUUUUCCUUCAAAAUUUUGUUGGAAAUGCUGAGAAUUGUUAAAUAAAAUAUAUAUAUAUAUGCGUGCAAAAA